GGAGGGAGAGAGACUAAGAGAGGGAGCCAGAGGAUCUCGGCAAGUUUUAAACCUGUGAUCACAAGAGGUGAUGCAGAGCGGGACUGGGGAGCCUUCCAACACUCAGGAACAAAGGGAGCUCAUGCAAUUCCAUCAGAUAGUAUUUUGGAUUUACCCUAAAGGAAAGGGUCUGUCAAAUUCAAGUGAUUACAUAUGAAAAAAGGGGGCAGCUCUUGUUCGGAGAGGAGGGGGGGGUUAGCAAAAGUGAGGUGAGCUCCUGCAAAGGGGAGCACAACACUUCGCUUCGCGUUUCGCGUGACUCAAAAGGAGAGGGCAGCGCCAUGCGCCUCGGCACCGAGGACAUUCAGCCAUGACACAGAGUGACACACACGGUCACACACCUCUGAGGUUUUGGAUAAAGGACAGUCCUGUGUGAUCAGGAAGCACUUCCCACCCCAGGAGCAGAGACCAGCAGAACCAGGACUACAGCAUAUACCAUCGCACACCGUGCCACUCCACGAUACUCGUUUCCCUGUGGAAGUACAGCCCACCAGCGGAUUACUGCCCAUACUAAGCAGGAGGAGCCUAUCUGUUUAAAUAAAGAUUCAGAACUGAGAGUAGCAGCUUAGAAGCAGCGGGCAGGGGCUGACAGCCCCGCCGGUGAGCUGGCUCUGCAGCGGCCCUGCCUCCUCCCCCAGACGCGUGGGCCCCCGUGACCAUGCUGGCCCAUCCUCCGGAGACACCCAGAGCACAGCCACCACCCGCGCGCCAGCCGGCCACCCUGACAUGUCCCAACAAGGAAUGUGCUGGGCGGCCCUGCUCAUUGUCAUGGUCAUCAUCCCCACCAUUGGGGGCAACAUCCUGGUCAUCUUGGCCGUGGCCCUCGAAAAGAAGUUGCAGAACGCCACUAACUACUUCCUCAUGUCCCUGGCAGUAGCCGACCUGCUGGUGGGGUUGCUGGUGAUGCCCAUUGCCCUUGUCACCGUGCUCUACAAUUCUGAGUGGCCGCUGCCCGAGGAACUCUGUCCCAUCUGGCUCUUUCUAGACGUCCUGUUUUCCACCGCCUCCAUAAUGCACCUGUGUGCCAUCUCUCUGGAUCGCUACAUUGCCAUUAAGAGGCCCAUCCAACACAGCCAGUACAAGUCCAGAGCCAAAGCCCUGGCCAAAAUCACGGUGGUGUGGCUUAUAUCCAUCGGUAUUGCCAUACCCAUCCCCACAAAAGGCCUAACAAACUUUCCAAACAACACAACCUUCCUCAACAAGUCCUGUGUUCUGAAACCUGAAAGUUUCCAUGAGUUCAUCAAGUUUGGGUCCUUGGCAGCGUUCUUCAUUCCGCUCACCAUCAUGAUGGUCAUCUACCUGCUGACCAUCCAGGUGCUGCGGAAGAAAGCCCAUCUGCUCAAAUCCAAGGUGUCCCAACGCUUCAGCGGGCCAACAGUGGCCACAGUUUUCCAGAGGGAGGUGUCCACAAACUCUUCACCAGACAGGGCAUCCACGUUAGAGGGGCCCAAGCGGGACAAGGUGCCAAACAUCAACUCCAUGAGUGGGGACGAGAUCCCCAUCCGCAGAAUGUCCACCAUGGGCAAGAAGUCCAUGCAGAACCUCAGCAAUGAGCAGCGGGCUUCCAAAGUCCUGGGCAUAGUCUUUUUAUUGUUUGUGGUCAUGUGGUGCCCUUUCUUCAUUACUAACGUGACCUCUGUGCUCUGCAAGAGCUGCAACGAGGUUGUUGUAAAGAGGCUGAUGGAGAUUUUCGUCUGGGUGGGCUACGUCUCCUCGGGCAUCAACCCCCUGGUCUAUACCCUUUUCAACAAGACGUUCCGUAAGGCUUUCACCCGUUACAUCACCUGUAACUACAGUGGCACAAGGCCUUCCAAGCUGCAGAGCAGAAACUUGACGCGGAUAUCGUUCCGCUCAUCCGUCAAGGAGAACUCAAAGUUUUUCAUGAAGCAUGGGAUGAGGAACGGCAUCAACCCUGUGGCUUAUCAGAGCCCGCUGAGGCGGCGGCCCCCAUCCGUUCCAUGCUCGGCCAGCAUUCUGCUGGAUACCUUGCUCCUCACUGAAAAUGAGGGCUGCAAGGACAAGGAGCAGGUCAGCUAUGUGUAGCUUUAAAGCUCCCUCUAGUAUUUACGCUGUAAGGAUGUGAGGGAAGUCAAUGAUGGGAAAAUGGACCUUUUGUCACAAACGUGGACUCGUACUGUGCAAGUCAAAGAGUCAUACUGUAGCCACAGCAUACUGAAAAGGGACCAUUAAAAAGAACAAGGCUACUUAGGUUGAUUUAAUAUAAUGAGGGGUCCAACAUGGAUGCAACAAAUGUAAAAAAUAAAAUGAAGGGCCUCAAAUAAACAAUGAAUUUGCAAAAGCAUUUAAGGAAGCUAACAAAGACUACACAUCUCACAGAGAAUGAGGUCCAGUACACUAUAGCCAAAUCAUUCUCUUAUAUGGUCGAAACAGGCUGAAAUACAUGGAA